GUAUAAUAAAUUUAUCACACAACAACAUCAGUAACAUAUCCAACACUUUGGUCAGUACUCAGAAGUGUGAAAACUGUUAUGGAUGGCGGAAUAUGUCGGCAGUAGAUCUAUCCUUCAACAAAUUUACAACUAUAAAUCAGGAUGACUUUUUACCUUGGAGAAAUUGCUCUGUCGAUAAGUUUAAUUUAAAUGAUAACAAUGUGACGUUUAUUCAAUCUAAGGCGUUUGGACAUUUGCCCAAAUUAGGUACUCUGAACAUGAACAAUAUCAAGUUAGCUACUUUCGACGUCCGGUAUUUCAUGGGCCAUGUUGAAAUCGAGCGACUUCUGAUUGAUUCUUCAGGCAUUAAGUACAUUCAUCCAGCGAACAUAUCGUCGAUGCGAAAAGAAAAUGUGCCACUGAUUAAAGACCUUAAUUUAAAUUUAAACAUCUUAAAACAUAUUCCAGGGUUUGCUCUGCGUGGUCUGGAAAAACUGCAAGUCCUGAGCCUUGGAGGAAAUCGUAUAUCUAACAUCAAUAAUGAAUCAUUUUGUGGCUUACAUGCACUGGUAAACAUAAAUUUGUAUGGGAAUAGAAUACAGUCACUUCCACGCGCCUCGUUCGCUUGCGCCUCAAACCUCAAGAAAAUUGAUUUGUCACGUAAUAACCUCGUGACAUUAAAUCCCCAAUGGUUUGACGGAUCAUUGUUUCUUCGUAGCCUGGUGAUAGAUCAAAGUGGCAUCCGUAGCAUUACGUUCAGACCAUGGGAGGUAACUAAUCUUCAGACUCUUGUUCUUACAAAAAACUUUAUAAAAACCCUUUAUCAUGAAACCUUCACUGGGUUGGAAAAUUUGAAAGCACUUAAUCUUUCUGGCAAUGCCAAACGUUUGCGAAUAUUAGGGGACGCCCUCACUUCAGUCGGUUCCUUAGAAUUAUUCGACAUGUCGCAUUCAAAUGAAUUCACCAUGAAAGGCUUAGUCUCCUUGCGGAUUCUUAAACUACGGCAAAACUCUUUAAAUACCACGCACGCUCUUCCUGGCAUAUUUACCCCGCUUAGAAAUCUUGUUGAGCUAGACUUAACAAGUUGUUGUAUAAAACAAGUUGCCUCAAGAACAUUUGCAAACUUAACGACCCUGCUUCAGCUUAGUCUGCAAGACAAUGACUUAACCAGUAUUCCGAAGGACGCUUUUCAAGGUUUGCAAAAUUUACAGGUGUUGCGGCUGCAGAAUAAUUUAAUUAAAUUCAUCCAUCAAGGGCUGUUUAUGGGCACAAAUGAACUUGAACAGUUGUACUUACAAAAUAAUCACAUUUCGACCGUAGCCUCCAACACUUUCAUGCCGUCAAGUUUGAUUAGAUUCAAUAUUGCAUACAAUCCCUUGACCUGCGAUUGCCAACUUGCCUGGUUUAGACAAUGGUUGAACGAGGUCGAAGGAAAAAUAGAUCUUGCUCCCAAAAAUCAAACCCGUUGUUCUAGCAGCUCCUUAAAGGUGUUGGUCAAUCAAAUAAUUUGGUCGUUCCAUCCGGAUGAAUAUUGUGGCAUCAAUACCAUGAUUAUCGUUUCCGCCUGUUUUGCGCCGAUUUUAGUUUUAACCCUCGGUAUACUCGUGUAUCUCAACCGUUGGUGGAUAAACUAUAAGUUGUACCUCCUCAAGUUGGCCAUCGUUGGUUACCAUGAGAUCACUGAAGAUCGAAAUCCGGAUGACUAUGAAUACCAACUCAACCUCAUGUUCCAUGAUGACGAUGAAUGGUGGGUGAAUGACUGCAUGAAACCUUUUCUGGAGCAGAGGAUGCCUCAUCUGGAGCGCGUCAUAUUUGGCGAUGCCGAUCUUCACCCAGGAUCGUUCUACUUGAACGCCAUCUAUGACGUCAUCGAAAACAGCCACAAGACAAUAUUGUUGCUUAGCAACCAGUCUGUAGAUGAUACCUGGUACAUGACCAAGCUCCGUAUGACAGUGGAGCACAUGAAUGACACCAAGUUGGAGAAGGUCAUCCUGAUUUUCCUUGAAGACAUCGAUGAUGACCAUUUACCGUACCUUGUUAGACUCUUGCUGAGUCGGAACAAGCCUUAUUUGUUGUGGACAGAGGAUGAAGAAGGUCAAGAGGUCUUCUGGGCAAAGGUCCAGAAGAGCAUGAGAUCAAACCGGCAAAUGAACAAUGUUAUACCCGUUUAAGAAGAAGGUUGAGUUCCGGUCCUAAGACUUUAGUGUAAAGUCAGCUGUCCGAAGCAAUUACCAUGAUUGGGAAAGGUUGAUCAUCGUUAUACAAGGUAGCACACAUAAGUGGUGUUUACUGUGAUGUUUUGAAAUCAUGCAAAUGAUAAGAAAAUCGAACAGUUGUGUUGAAAGUCUCUAGCAAUGAAUACCAUGAACACAGAAGUGUGUGUAUUGGACUACAGAAAUAUGUGGCAUGACAGGUUAAAUUGUCCAAACUCUUCAGCUGUUUUUUGUGAUAUUUCGAAUGUGAGGGCAUUUGAAGAGCGACUCCUAUCGAUGGACAUUUCUACGGUGAUACUCUCACAAAAUUACGUUAAAAAACAAGAAAGCUUGCAAUCAUUUUCUCAUAUUUGCAAAAACUCAACCUUUUCUUGGAUUUUACAUACGUAUGGUGGUGUGACCAUAGUUCGCGUGUGAACUUCAUUCGCCGACUGUUCCAUAUCUCAAAAAAAAAAUCGGUAAGAUUUCGAAAUUCUGAUAUCACCAAGGUUCUGGAAAUGUUCAUUUUGACAGACAAUGUCAUCAAAAUUGUUUGUCGAAAGUGACACCAACUGAUUGUUUGAUAUACUGAGUUGCAAUUUAUGCAAUUACCUUACCUUCGUUGAGUUGCUUUUUUUUUAAAUCGCUCGAGUAAACAAACUCUUGUGUGCAAAUUAAGUUCUCGUUGUUUUUAUGAUCUUUUCUUUAGCUGUAGCGCAUUCCGAUACGGCAUCUAAUUUAGAGAUCGCGAAAUCGCCGUAAUUAUUUGGACCAUACUUUUUCUAAUUGCAUCUAUUUGUAGUUUAAUAUUUGAACAUUCAUUUGCUCCAAUUGAUCUAAAUUAAUUUGUGUAGAAUAUGAGAAAACUAUUGAUCGAAUAUGUUUUAUUCCUUUGCAUUAAAAUGUAAACGAACUAUUGACACCCCAUCCUACCUCCCUUGUCAUGUGCCUGUGAUAGGGAAAGUUUGUGUAGGCCAACUGUUGAUUACCAUUGAAAAGUCUUCUAGAAGUUAUAACUUGCAAAAGGUGUUGUUCAUUUAUGAAUUUCGAGUUUCAUCUUCUAAUUUAACAGUGUCCAGCAUGUAAUAUGCGCUUGUAACUAAAUUUGGUGCAUCAUAAGAUGCAAAAAGACGUACGGCGAGUUGUGACAACAGCAUUAGUUUUAAUCCGUCUAUCUCACUAUCUUUUUCUACCCUGUUACCAUAUAUCUGAUUACUAUUUUUGCUUUAUCAUUUUUGUAUCGUUAACAUUGCUAAUAUUUCUAUCUCAGACUCCAAGUGGGACGUGGAAGAGACUGGAUUUCAAACGACUGUGUAGAUGUGGCUGGGUUCGAAAAGGGAGGGGGGGGGGGGGUUGUGGAGUUUGGACAGU